GAAAGGUUAUUUGCUUGUUUAAUACCCUCGUAUUAUCACGAUGUAAUAUCCAUAUACGUAGAACCCCAAGUUUAUAUCAGAAAUGAUUUCAGUCUGUUAAGGUCGCUUGCUAUGUAGACUCUGGUUGUAGUCACACCAAAUGUUGCUUGAAAACUUGUGACUGUAAGCGGAGCUAAAUAUAACAGUUUUGCAUAUUUCGGCCUAAAUUUUAUGUGACUGUAACCAGUAGUGUGACUUUACGCGGAGUGACUGUAAACUGAGUUGACUGUAUGGCGAAAACGCUACGUAUAUGAAAACUAGGGAUGCAGGCAGGCAUCAUUAAUGUUUCCUUAGCGUUAGCCUCAAAACUUUCCUUCGCUUAUACAAGAUGAUGUAUACCAUCAGUUACCAUCGUGUCAAAAUUCCUUUAAAUGAAGAAUGUCCAAAACCAGCUAAUUUUAGUUUCAUUUGAAAAAGUGAAUCAUUUGUGCCAUGGAAAUAUUUAAAAGAGCGUGACACAUUAGUAAACCCGCAAAAGUAUGAUUUACUAUGAAACCGAAUCUCUCAUCCAAUGGAAUCCCCCAAUAUUUUUUAAUCUGUUAUUGGGUACCAUCAAAGGCCCCGAAAAAUAUAAAGAAACAAUUUUGUCUAUACACAGGAAUUUUUUUGAGACAGAGAAUGCUAAACGUUGAAAAGAGACUGUUGGGAAAGCAUCGGUUGCUAGAACAAAGUGUAAAUGUAGAUUUCUUAAAACAGGGACGUCGAUGGAUUGAGACAACAAAAUAUAGAAAAAGUAUUUCGUUCUGUGUCGAGAUGUUAGUGGACAUGGCGGUAGGGGCAAAUGCAACAGCAAGGGUAUUUCAUCACUAUGUGACUUGACAAUAAAAGGCGAAAGAGAAAAAUUCGCUCAGAAUGAAAGAAACAAAGUUAUGUCAUUAAUGUUUUUACGUCACUGCUCUCUUUUCAAUACCUCUGUUACAAAUCUCAUUUUAAGAGGAGAGGAUAUCUUGCACCAUUUUUCCCUUGCACACAGAGACGAGGAAAGACUCUUAGUUUUGAGUUGACUCUGAUAGAUUAAGUAGCUUACACAGGUAGCCAUAGCUUAUAAUUUAAAGAAAUUGAAACCAUAAUGUUUGACGCACAAUAUUCUGGGCAAGAGUUUUCUUGACAGCGUACUGUUCUAGUGAUACCUUUACUGGUCACAUUACUGAUCAGUCAGUUAUGGUCACAUUAGGAAGGAGAGUGUCGAAGCAUAUCCUCUCCCAGUGCAAUGGGCUGGAGACUUCAUUAGUGAGAAGUCAGUAUAAAUUGUUAUUCGCCUAUCAUCAUUUUGCUGAUUGAUACAACUUCUCUUCUUCGUAUUUUUUCCGCCCAGUCAUCGUAUGUUCUUUCUCAUCUUGUUCUACCUCUUCUUGUCUUUCUCCUUUUUUGUUUUUUCAACCUGUUAUUUCUUAUCCAUCUUCUUUUUUCCGCCUAUCAUCUUUUUCUUCUCCAUCUUCUCGUCCAUCCUUGUUUGUUUUAUUUUUCUUGGUCAUCUUUGUUUUCACACUUGUCAUUUGCUUCUCUUUCUUCACAUUUUUUUCCUCUCCAUUUUUUUCUUUUUUAUAUCUUUCCUUCAUUCUUUAUUCUUUCUUUUAAUCACUUCAUGUUUUUUGGUCUUCUUAGCUUUGCCUUGUCCCCAGCCUUUUCAGGGGUCAGCUGCCCUGGUCAUCCCCCCCCCACCCCUGUCAUAGUCUCUUUGUAUCAUCUCUUUCUUCUCAGCCACUUUUUUCUUUAGAUCUUGCUGCUUAAAGUCUACCAAUUAUGAUUUAGAUUAUCCUGUCCCUUCGGUGUACGCCACUGGCACCGCACAACCAGAGACAUUUUCCAUACGUACGAUCAUAAAAGUUCUCUUAAUACUUUUCUGAUAAAAAUCGCCCAACACAUGACAACCUGCAAAUCUUUGGCACUUUUACGAUUGCUGAACAUUUUCUAAUUACUAUGCAUGCUAAAACAUGUGGUGAUAGGGACCUUAGCAUAGAGGUGCAUAAGCAUACAUAAAGCUGCCUUGGGGCCUAAGCAAAAAUCCUGCCAGCAAGCGGAACUUCCCCAACACAUGGUUGCGUCACCGGGGAUCACCCUGAUGACAGCCAAUUCCUUGAAGUUUUUAAGUGGUGCAUACGGAGAUUAUGCCAAAAAACUGGAAAGCGAUCCAAGGAAUUAAGACUGGAUUUUUUCCAUGGCACGAGUUCUUGCCGCCUUUAAUAAGGAUAUUAAUUGGGUCAGCUUUUUGGAUGCACGCAGUCACAUAGCUGCGGUCGCCCCCUUUGCAAGAUUUGUUUAAAUGUUCGCCCCCUUUGCAAGAUUUGUUUAAAUGUUCUGUGGAAAAUCUAGUCUUUGAUGGGAAAUUUUCUCGUUCCACUAGAGCCAAUCUUGGAUGAAAAGAAACAAUCUUAUUCUAUUUUUGCCGUAUUUUGCCAUCUGAAUUUCGUUCAAGUCAAUUCAAAAUUGUUACCUAUAUCACAGCAACAUUUCUCGAAAGGAUACAUUCGUCUUUGUAACUCCUAUGUUCAUAUGAACACACCCUAAACAUGGUUUUGACUGUGUUUUGCCCCCCCCACACCUAAUCUGAAGGUGCGCUAGUGGUUGUGUUGCACCCAUUCCGUGACACAGUGAUGAUGGAAAGUUGUGUGCUAUAGGCCAAACAAUCGCAUAAGUAGAUGAACGCUCAAAAUAUCCGUAGAAAAACAACCAUUUAAGGACUGAUAGCAGCCGCUUCGUUGUUUGGGUGAAUUGACGUCCUCAUCUGUCAAUAGCUUCUUUGCUUUCCGAUUUCUCCAUUUACUAUCAUCUCAAAGUGGCUGCUUAAACUAAGAACCUAGUAACUCCUCUCUUACGAAUGUCCUCGUGCGGAUCUGCACUUCAGCCAUCUCAUUUAAACAUUUGAACGAGACAAAAAACAAAAUGUGGUUGAAUGUUGAUGGUUGAAUGUUGAAGGAUUUUUAUUGCUUUAUCGGUGAUAGGUUGGAUAUCCAAUUAGAAGCAUCCUCUUAUAACUCAAUAAAGAAAGGAGUUGGCGGGAUGGGAUAAAAAAUCGUUAUAUUACUUCCCUUUCUCCUUAUUCAUUGAUUCUCUAUAUAAUUAAACUAGUUGAAGCUUUAAUAAUAAUGUUUUACCUAUAUACCCUGUCACCCGAUAAAGAUUAUGACUACCUCGUAUGCGGAAAGUUGAAUGAGACAGUUGUAUUCACAUAACUCGUACAUAACAUGUUUUCAACCGAUAGGAAAAUUGUCAAAUUCCUUCCGUGAAUUUAUGGCUGGGUUAAUAUUGCGCUUUGAUUGAUACACUCAAGAAAGCAAAUGUAAUUUUGAUUUACAUUAAAAUAGAACCAGGAAUUAAGUCUGCUUUCAAAUUUACAUAAUCGGAGAAUGAUAUUACGUAGUCAUGAACAAACUAGGUCGAACAUAUAUGUCAUAUUUCUCGAGGAUCUUAAAUCAUUUACUGUAAAAUUGCAUUACUGUAAUAAUAGAUUUAUAGAUAAAUCUCGUGUUGAGUUGUUUUCAGAAAGGAAAUUUCCUUUGAGAAGAAGUGUGACUUCAAUUAUGAUUGUAAUGUUUCUUUACACUAAUAUUUGCCGGAGCUGAAUAAACAUUAUUAAAGGGAGAACAGUGACAGCAAACCUUUCAUGUCUCAAUGCAGUUUUGUGGAUCUGCUUUUGUAAUUUAGGCCAUUUCACUUCCCUGUUUACUUAAAGCCAACAAAACCUUUAUAAACAGAACAAGUCUAUCUUUAAGAAUUUUUCAUAGAGAUAUUAUCAAUGGUAUACUUACAUUGAUCGUUAUUUAUAUUAUCAAUGGUCUUUACAAAGCUUUUUAUGUCCAAACCUCUAUAUAUGCAAAAUUAAUCGAUUCGCAAUGUUCAAAUGUUUCAAUCUAUGUAACCUUAUAACCUUUUAAGGGGUAAGGAUCUGACAGCUGCACAUUUUCAAAAGAGGGACAAGGGGCAGUAUCUUCCUUAUUGAGGUGAGGGCAAGGGGCGAUAUCUUUAUGAUUGAGCAAGUUCUAGUGUUUUUUAAAGGAAGUAGCAGUACAAGUGGAAUCUCCUGUUUCAUACUUUUUGUAUUCUAAAGAUGUCCUCCUUCAUUAUAGGGUGUUAUUUUCUCCUGCUUCGUCAAAGAUUUUUGAAUAAACAUUUGCUUUUUAGUGAGCAUCAACCAAGCAGGGGUGCUGCGGAAGGGAGUGGGGGCUCAGCCCCCUUGUUCAAUUCAGAUUUCAGAGAGCUCAGUCCCAUCCACCUUAACAUGCCAGUAUAUGUUUGGUUGGGCGAAUUCCUUGUUGGGCAAUGUGAAAUAACCCUUUAUUAUGCUAUUGAUUUUCCACGUUUGAGCAAUUUUAAUCAAACUUAUUGUUUGAAAAGUUUGUGAAUAGUUUGAAUGACUUCUUAUGCACAUAUAAUUUGUUACCAUUGGUGUGGUCUUGCCCCUCUUCCUUACCUUGUAAGUUGGCACCCCUGCAAUCAAGACCCUGAUUUCACAAUAACUGGGGCAUUGCCUUUAAUGUAACGACCUUUGGAAAGGAGUACUGGGAGUGCAAGCGCGUACAAUAGCUUGCAAGAUGUUGGAGCAUUUGAUCUUUUGACCAUACAAAGUAUUCAUGAAAAGGCGGUAAAGCCAGAUAAAGCAACCACAAAGAUGUACGAACAGUGGUUGGAAUAACCAACUUUUUGUUGAAGUUACCGAUCACUUAUCUUUAUUCAAUUUCCCUUAGCCGAUCGAAGUCAUAGCACCUCUAGAAGCAUGACAAACAAGCCAAGAUUAACAUGUGCUUGAUCAAAUACUAACUUUCAAUUGUUGCCACGAGCGACUGAUUAUUGAAACGUAGUUUCUGGUUCUCGUGUUUUCAUUCACUCGGUGUUUGACUGUGUGCUGGAAGUGAAAGCAAGAAGAAGUCACAAAUUUGUUGCCGUGGCCAAAACUAGCAAAAGCUUUCUGGAUAUCAGUGGGGAAAGCGGAGUGGUUGGUUUAUUGAAAAACUGAGCGAAGUGCUUGAAAGCUGACAUUUGCUGGUGGACUAGAAAACAGAGCAGUAAAUGCAAAGCCAUUGGAAGAACGAUCGAGGAUAAAGAGACAACUCUUGGCGUGGAUGUCGUUCUGUUCCGAGAAACUGGCAAAAAUGAUUUUAUGACAAGCAAGAGUAGACGUUUAAUGACAAAAUGAAAGCAGAAGCGAGGAAAUCAGAGAGGCCAUCGCUCUUAUCGAAACGCGUGUUAAGAACGAAUAAGAUAAAUGGAAACGAGGCCGUUAAACUACAAGACAAGUUAAGAGAAAUAGCCGGGAGGCAGAGGCAAAAGGACAAAACCCUUGAAGAAGAAGUACUUUCGAUCAAAAAUAAUUUAAGUCAAGUUAGAAACGUGAAGGAGAAAAUGGAAAUAAGUCCUGUCCGUCGAAAAUUUCUAAUGGAGCAUGGAGUGAAGCUGCAAGUUCGAGAUGUGUACAUGGAGGACUUCAUAACAGCCGUUGAUAAUGUUUUACAAAAACCAGAUAAAGUUGUAUUUUUAUCGAAUAAUGGUGACGAUAAGACUGCAAGUUCUGAGUUUAGCUCGUGUGUCUCGAUCCCCGAAUUAGCUGGAGGUAGAGAUAUUGCUACUCCGAGUCCAAAAUCAGUUUCAUACAGCGAGGAUAAUUUCCCAUUGCAUUUGCCUAUUCACAUGCUUAGAAAGAAAACAAAAUGCAGAGGGUCUAACGAUUUGUCUUUGUCAGUUGAGUCUAUCGUUGAUGAUGAAGAUACAACUGGAAAAGAAUCUACAGCUGGAAGAUCGUCACGUGCAAGUUCAUUUAGGCAAAGUAGGCCCGUGAGUGGAAAGUCUCAGUCAAACUUCCAAUUUAGGGUGAUAACGCCACCCUUGAAAGGGAGACAGAUCAUUGAUGUUUACAAAGACUUAGAGGAAGAAGAAAAACUUGUUCGAAAGCUGCUCGAAAAGAAGAAGUUUCAUGAUCGCGUAAAGCGAGAAGAAGAGAUGAAGAAAAAGUCGGGCAGCAAAGGGAAGAAAAGAGCAGAGACUGAAAAAGAAAAGAGUGCACAUGGGAAUUUAGUUACAAAGACAAUUGGUAAAGGUGAUAAAACAACACAAGGUGGAGAAUAUUGCGAGGUUGAAAUUGAAUCUAGGGAUAGCGAUGCCAUUUUGUUUGAGAAUGAAAAAGACAGAGAUGUGAGUUAUGCAUCAGUUAGGUCAUCGUCAAAAAAUAACGUUAUGAAACAAACAGAAAGCUUUUUAGAUGUAGAUGUCGAAUUUGAGAAGCUAAUGCAAAAGUCGUUGCGAUUAAAAUUAGAGAGAAAGCAAAGGUCCGGUUCUGAAAGUACACAAAAUGAUGUUUCCUUAAGCGAGAAGCCUAAAGGAACAAACACCAGCAGUUUAGGCCAUGCCAUGAACUAUUCAAAGCCUGGUACUACCAAAGAAACUAAAACUAUAGAGAAUUCGAGAGGCGAGGCAAAGCAUCUUAGGCUGAAUCUACCAAGUCGUGUAGAUAGUUUAGAGUUUACAGCAAGAGAGAAGAACAAAAUAGGCCCGUCAUUUGAUGUUGAAAAAUGGAAUGAACUUGCACGCAAAAUACGGGGAGAGUUGAAAGAAACGAAAAGAGUAGACACUGCAAAUAGAGCAGCGUCAUCAAAAGCUAGAAUUUCCAGAAUAAGUCAUCCAACUGCAGUUGAUAUGGACGAAGACAUAAUUUACGAUGCUAGGCCGGACAAAUCAGUGGCAAAGGGAUAUGCAACAAUGCAGAUGACUGUUGGGAAAAGGAGUGUAUCUGUUUGUAUCCCUCGGUUUAAGAACGAGGCAAUUUGUAAAGAGCAGACCACAAGCCGGGCCAGUGCUAAAUCUGAGAUGAACGUUGAACAUGCGAGGGAAAUGAAACAUUCAACCAGGGGGAGGGCAACAUCUGUAGACUAGCAGACUAAUUUGAAAUUUAGUGAGAUUUUUCAAUUUUAAUUAAAAAAAAUAAUCGUAGUUAACAAUAUUCAUUUGAGCCAUGAGUUCUUCAAAAGUGACCUCGCGAAAUGAAUGGAUCUAUCAAACCCUGAAUGUUUCGCAAUUUCCUGCUCAGACUAGACAUUAUUUUUUUGCUUGAAGGCAGACAGAUCUCACAUGUCACUGUUUGGUCAUACAGUGUCUAGUGACAAAGACGUGAAAAUGAACUUUUAGAAUACGAGAAUGCCAGGCCACAGACCAUGGUCAGUUGAGAGGGUUUCUUUUUCUAGCCAUGUUGCAAGCACUAGACUCAAUCUUUAUAAGAAACUCGCUACAGGAAACAAGUAGUGGACAAUUAGGAAAAAUGAAUAAAUUAAGUUUUAAGUGCGCGAAGCAGGAAAGAAUAGGUUUUUGUAAAACAAUUGAGUUUUGAACAGGCCCGGAUCUACGAAUUUUCAUGAAAAUCCAUCAAUAUAAUUGGUGGUUUGGCAUAACGCCUUAGACACAGAGAAUAAAAACGCACUUAUCUCAGAGUUCAACAUUAGAACGUUAGCAAAUCUCUUGGCAACAGUGUCACGAACCUUUGAACACAAUAGAAACAUUGACGAGUCUAACUGUUCGCAGCUGCAAAAAUGAAAACCUUCCCCAACCGGUUUCUGUUGAGAAAUUUUCUAGCAUUGAAAACUUGAUAUAGGACUCCCAAUGUUAGAAUUAAUGACAUCUUAAGAAAAAACGAGUAUUGAAACUUCUAGAAGCAAACUAGAGGACACAACGUCAGUAUUUGUUUUUUAAUAUAAGUGUAACCAAAUUUGAUAUAAGUAUAAGUGCCAAAACUCGAGCCAAGACUCAUCACAUUUCAGGGUUCACGCAAAAGGGAGGCCUGGGGACAUGUCACCCCCCGCAUUUUUGUCAAUUUAGAGCUUUUAAUUGGGUUUUCAAAGAUAAAGACCCAAGAACCAAAAUCAACAGUUAAAACAGCGUUAGAAAAUAGCCUGCCCGAAACGGGCUGGAGUGGAGGGGGCGCUAGGGUAAAUAAGAAGAAUCUCUUUACUUCGUCAAUUGCGACAUUUUCUGUAACAUCAGCGUGGCAUUGAGAAAACUUCUGAUUUAGAUCAGACUUGCUGUGUGAAUAUUUAUAUCCGUUUGAUUCUACAGUAAAUGUAGUUAAAUAAGAUUGGCUAAAUAAGUAAUAAAUAAGUUAAAUAAGAUUAAUAUGAAAGUUAAAUAAUUAAAGGCUGGUGAAAAAGAUUGUAGCAUAAUACAUUCAAAGUAUUAAUACGUUUUUAAACAUAAAUGAAAGAGCUCUUCAAGGACGCAAAAAUUAAUUCAAAAACAGUUCUAAAAAAAAUAUUGCUAAUUUUCCCUGUGCGCUCAGCACGUACCCCUAUUCAAAGAAUCUAUAUCCAAGAUUUUAUCAGAUAAUUGAUGUGCGUAAGGAAUGAUUUUCAUUAUUUGCAUCCGUUGGGGUAGCUGAAAAGCUACAAGACUUUGAGCUAGGCAAAGUCAUAAAGACAAUAUGGAAUCGUAUACAGACUCACGGAGCCCAAUGAAAUGAUUGGACCAUUUGUUGUUGUUGCUGUUUUGUGUAUACUAACAAAAGAGUGAAAUUUUUUUAUCAGUAAACUCUAGUUCCUUUAUACUUAAAUUGUCAGAUCUUAGUUGUCUCAGAAACCAAGGCUGUCGCUCAGGGACCGCGGAAGCGUGGGGCAAUAAUUUCCACAUUGUACUUAGUAUCAUAUGAAAAUCACCCUGCUCUUGGUUUUUAGCAUGUUUUGCCCAACAAAAAUGCUUUAGCCCCCUCAAUCUGCAAUAUUCUCCGCGGCCCUUGCUAUCACUCCAAUUGUUCUUGAGGGGUUUGGAGCUCGUGCCCCUAAAGAAUUAUAAUGAACAAAAAACGCUUUUGCUCCCAUUUCUCUCAAAUAAUGUUCUUUUCCUCCAUACCUUGGUCUAAGUUACUUUAGGGGUCAUACCGAAUGCAGUAACAUGAGGGCAUCAAAUUCUGCUCCCCAUAUGACGUCAUAAAUUCCAACAAGGGGAAACAUUGAAUUAAAAUCCUAGAGGGCGUCAAAGUUUUUAGAAAUAGGUAAUAAAAAAUUUUUUUUCUCACGGCGAGCGAAAUUCUAAUUAAAAAUUUCUGGACAUAACUCGAGUUCCAAAUCAUUUUUAGGUCCAGACAGAGUCGUGGGAAAAGUUGUGGAUGCAUUUAUCGUCGGUUUAAAUGUCGAUUGUUAGGGACAAUGUCCGUGCAGCGGUUUCGAGCCUUCCUUUUUUAAUGGAAUAAUUUUCUGUGACGCCG